CCAUGUCUCGGCGUCGGCAUGGGGCUCCGUCGAUCUUGCUCGUUCGUUCGCUCGUUCCUUCUUCGUUCGUUUGAUCCGAGCGGCAGAAUCGCUUCAAGAGGGGAACAAGUCAAGGACCGAGUUCGAAUCAAUUGUGUGUUCAGCACUUGCAGAUCUUGUCAGAUAUUUACCCGGAAAGUUUACGAGAACAAUAAAAACAAAUCAUGGGUGACAAGGACGAGCUUGUUCAACGUGCCAAGUUGGCUGAACAAGCCGAGCGUUAUGAUGAUAUGGCCGCCAGUAUGAAGAACGUCACCGAAACUGGCAUUGAGCUCUCCAAUGAAGAAAGGAAUUUGUUGUCUGUGGCCUAUAAGAAUGUUGUAGGUGCUCGUCGGAGCUCGUGGAGGGUGAUCUCCUCCAUCGAGCAAAAGACCGAAGGUUCUGAAAAGAAGCAGCAAAUGGCCAAAGAAUACCGAGAAAAGGUGGAAGGGGAGCUGAAGGACAUCUGUAAUGACGUCUUGGGACUUCUCGAUAAAUUCUUAAUCGCCAAGGCCAGUAACCCGGAAAGCAAAGUGUUCUACUUGAAAAUGAAAGGCGAUUACUAUCGCUACCUUGCCGAGGUUGCUACCGGAGACGCCAGGACAGCUACUGUGGACUACUCACAAAAAGCCUAUCAGGAGGCCUUUGACAUUGCCAAGUCCAAAAUGCAGCCCACCCAUCCAAUUAGGCUAGGCUUAGCCUUGAACUUCUCUGUGUUCUAUUAUGAAAUCCUCAAUUCGCCUGACCGGGCAUGUCAUUUAGCUAAACAGGCCUUCGAUGAUGCUAUUGCGGAAUUGGAUACCUUGAAUGAGGAUAGUUACAAGGACAGUACGCUCAUCAUGCAAUUAUUGCGAGACAACCUAACCUUGUGGACCUCGGACACCCAAGGUGAUGGUGACGAAGCUGGUGAGGCUGCAGCUGCCCCCCCAGCCGGUGAAAACAACUAAGACGUCCGCUUAAGAGAAUCAAUCCGUUUCCCCUUCCUUACCAUUUUCUCAUCACUCCCCUCCCCUUUUUGACCACAUUAAAGAUGAAAUAGUACACAAUUUCUGCAAGUAUACAGACCAAGCCCAAAAACAUUGGACAAACAGUUGCUUAUCUUCUGUCUUGACCGACUUGAUGCCGACUGCCCUUGAGUUUGGCUUGGGAAGAAACCCCCAGUUCCGAUUACCACCCUAAGAACAGUGUAUGCUAUUAAAGAAAAACUCUAAACAAAAGGUUUUUCUUUAUGUAUUUGUCAUCAUUAAUACUUUUUAUUAUUAUUACUAUUAUUAUUACAUAAUUAACACCACUAUUACUACCACCAACACCAUCAUAAUUAUCAUUGCCGCCGUUUCGCUAUUUACAAAGAUAGUGUUCUUUUGUGUCCUGAUAUGUGGAAUGUCUUAUCUAGUAAAAGGCGAAUAUUUUGAAGAAUAUUCGAGCAUUGAACUGUUUUGUGGUGUGUAACUAAACUAUUCUCUGAACCUAAUAUAGUCGAACUUUCUUAA